AUGAGUUCAAACAAAGGUUCUGGUCGAUCUGGUCACAUUGAGAAAAACAUCAUUGCGAAAAAGGGUUCAAGCAAAUUAUUCUACGCCUCCAGACAACAACAAAUACAAGAUGAGUUGUUGAGAAAAAGGAUUGCAAAGAACGAAGAAUCAACCAAAAAUGCUCGCUCAAGUAUUGAAAAACACAACGAAUUGCGGAAGGUGCAGGUAGCUUGUACUGAAUUGGAAGAGGACUUGGAAUCGAAAGGAGUCAGCGCAGAAGAAAUUCAGGCUGCUGUCAACAAACUCAAAAUGAAGCUCUUGAAUAAGAAAGAAAAGGAAAACGAUACAAAAGAUCAGGUUUACAAUUAUAAACCCAGGUUUUCAUCUAAGUAG